AUGAAAAAGGUCAAGAAGAAAAGGUCAGAGGCCAGACGCCACCGAGAGUCUACUGGCCAGCAUCCUAGCUCCAACUCCACCUCUCAGCAGCCUACCCCUGAAUCCACGCCACAGCACUCUAGCCCUGAAUCCACGCCACAGCAGUCUAGCCCUGAAUCCACACCACAGCAGCCUAGCCCUGAAUCCACACCACAGCAACCUAGCCCUGAAUCCACACCACAGCAGUCUAGCCUUGAAACCACCUCCGGGCAGCCAGCAUCCCAAGCCCUUCCAGCACCCGAAGUCCGCCGCUCCUCUCGGUGCCUGUUCUCUCCAGAUGCUAAUGUGAAGGCAUCCCCUCAAUCCAGGAAAGCAGGGCCUCUGACGCACGCCGCCCCGCAUUCCUGCUCCUAUGCCACUUGCCCCUGCAGCUCUGCUUGCUGGCGUCGUCUGGGACUGUGCCAUAGCCGCAUCUUCGACGUCCUUCUGCCUCGGGACUGGCAGAUGGUGCCAGGGAGAGGACUCCCCAACCUGCUCACCUUCUACAGAAGAUCUUCAAGGAAACCCUCCAGUCAUCGUAACGCGUGUCCUCCAAGCCCUCGGAACUGUGGCUGUGGCUCUGGGGGCUCUGGGAGCUGCCUACUACAUCAUUGAAUCCUUGUGAACAAGCCCCUAGGCCCGCGGUCCGGCAGAUCCAGUUUCCAUCCAAGGAUCUCUCUUGUCAGCAAAAUUGAAAAAAAGAAAAAAAAGAAAGAA